GAAAGAGAGCAGAGCCCGGGAGGGGGAGUGCGCUCCCCGGCCAGCCCCGGCUCAUUCCAGAGCCGCUCCUCUCCGCAUCUGCUGGGGAGCCCGCAGAGGCGCCCUCCUCUCCCUCUCUCCUCCCGCUCGCCUGCCCUUCCUCCCCGGCCGUCCCAGGAGGCCGGAGCGGCCGUAGGGCGUGAGAGGGUUCGGACCGUCGGUGUUGCUGCUGCCGCCGGCCGCCCCCUGCCUCCCCCACCCUCUCAAGACUCAGCAGCGGCCACGGCGGCGGAGCCUGGGAGACACUCGCUCACCAUGAGCGGCGGCGAAGUGGUUUGCUCGGGAUGGCUCCGAAAAUCCCCCCCGGAGAAGAAGUUGAAGCGUUACGCAUGGAAGAGGAGGUGGUUCGUACUCCGAAGUGGCCGUUUAACGGGAGAUCCAGAUGUAUUGGAAUACUACAAAAAUGAUCACGCCAAAAAGCCCAUCCGCAUUAUCGACUUAAACUUAUGUCAACAAGUAGACGCCGGAUUGACAUUUAACAAAAAGGAGUUUGAAAACAGCUACAUUUUUGAUAUCAACACAAUCGACCGCAUCUUCUAUUUGGUAGCAGACAGUGAGGAGGAGAUGAAUAAGUGGGUUCGUUGUAUUUGUGACAUCUGUGGGUUUAACCCUACAGAGGAAGAUCCUGUGAAACCACCUGGCUCUUUGCAGCCCUCAGCUGACUUCCCUUUAGCUGUAAAUCCAUCACCAGCCCCUCUGCAGAUGGAUCCAUCCCCUGGUCCUCUACCUCCUCCCUAUCAGCUAAUUAACUUACCACCACACCUGGAACCUCUUCCUAUUCAGGAUGAUCCCCAAGACUACCUCUUGCUCAUCAACUGUCAAAGCAAGAAGCUUGAACCCGCAAGCCAAGGGUCCUCUUUUGUUUCUGAAGAAGGAGAAGAAUAUCUGCUUCUUGAAGACUUUGAAAGCAAAAAGAUCCCAUUGCUACCCCAUGCUGAUUCGGCCAAAUCCACCUCUUCAGAGACAGACUGCAAUGAUAACGUCCCUUCUCAUAAAAAUUCUGCUCCCUCUCAGAGCAAACCCGCGGUGAAUGGCUUCUUUCAGCAACAAACCAUGUAUGACCCUCUGCCUCCCCGAGCUGUCUCUGUCUCUGUGGACUCCAACCUGUAUAACCUGCCCCGGAGUUACUCCCACGACGUCUUACCAAAGACAGCUUCUCCAUCGAGUACGGAGGCGGAUGGAGAGCUCUAUGUUUUUAACACGCCAUCUGGGACAUCGUCCCUAGAAACGCAAAUGAGACAGCUCUCUGCUAGCUAUGACAUUCCCCCCACACCUGGCAAUGCCUACCAGAUUCCAAGGACUUUUCCAGACGGAGCUUUGGGUCAGACGUCCAAGUUAGAGACGAUCCCAGAUAUUCCUCCACCACGACCCCCAAAACCGCACCCGGCUCACGACCGAUCACCUGUGGAAACAUGUAUUACCCGCACCGCCUCAGACACAGACAGUAGUUACUCUAUCCCCACAUCUGGGGUCCCACCAUCUCGUAGUAAUACCAUUUCCACUGUGGAUCUGAACAGAUUGCGGAAAGAUGCUAGUUCUCAAGACUCCUAUGAUAUUCCACGAACAUUUCCCAGCGAUAGAUCUAGCUCACUUGAAGGCUUUCAUGCCCACCUUAAAAACAAAAACAUGUUGACAAUGGGGAGUGUAUCGAGUGAAGAACUGGAUGAAAACUACGUCCCAAUGAAUCCCAACUCUCCACCACGACAGCAUUCCAGCAGUUUUACAGAGCCAAUUCACGAAGCCAACUAUGUGCCAAUGACACCAGGGACAUUUGACUUUUCAUCCUUUGGAAUGCAGGUCCCACCUCCUGCUCACAUGGGCUUCAGGUCAAGCCCAAAGACCCCUCCCCGAAGGCCAGUUCCUGUGGCAGACUGUGAGCCGCCCCCUGUUGAUAGGAAUCUCAAGCCAGACAGAAAAGGUCAAAGUCCCAAAAUUUUAAGACCUAAACCCCAUGGUUUAGAGCGAACUGAUUCACAAACCAUAGGUGACUUUGCUACAAGACGAAAGGUAAAGCCAGCACCACUGGAAAUCAAACCAUUGUCAGAGUGGGAAGAGUUCCCAGCUCCUGUGAGAUCUCCUAUUACCAGGAGUUUUGCUAGAGACUCCUCCAGGUUUCCUAUGUCUCCUCGACCGGAUUCAGUUCAUAGCACAACUUCAAGCAGUGACUCUCAUGACAGUGAAGAGAAUUAUGUGCCCAUGAAUCCAAAUCUAUCCAGCGAAGACCCAAAUUUGUUUGGCAGCAAUAGCCUAGAUGGAGGAAGCAGUCCAAUGGUAAAGCCUAAAGGAGACAAACAAGUGGAAUACCUAGACCUAGAUUUAGAUUCUGGGAAAUCAACACCACCGCGGAAGCAAAAGAACAGCGGCUCUGGUAGCAGUGUGGCUGAUGAGAGAGUGGACUAUGUUGUGGUAGACCAACAGAAGACGUUGGCCUUAAAGAGUACCCGAGAAGCCUGGACUGAUGGGAGACAGUCUACAGAAUCCGAAACCCCAACAAAGAGUGUCAAAUGAAGAUCCUUCUCUAGCUGCCUCCCAAGAACAGAAGAAACCAGAAUUCUCAAGUUAAUUCCUGGUAAAAGAUGGUACAGAGCCACAUCCACAGCAGUGUUUGACUGAAGAGGACUUGACUGUUCGACUCCGGAUAGGCCCUUGAAAUUAAUGGAGUUGAAGUCAAUAGACAUUUCAGACAAAAUCAAGCAAUUGAUUACCCUAAAUGGUGCUUUGUGGUAUCUGAACAAAAUACAUGAUGUAAAUAACAUAUAAAAAUAGUAUUGUUUAGCUCCCAGAGAAACAUUUGUUCUCCAGUUAAUACAUUUGUAGUAUUACUAUAUUUAUGCACUUUUUCAGUUAAAAUAUGGGUUCAGGUAUUCCCAAAUAAUGUACCUUAACGAAGUUCUUUUGGGAGUUCUCAUUUUUCCUCACACUACUCCAAAUAACAAUCCUAGGUUAAUUAAGCUACAUAUAGAGUAGAACUUGGUGUCUAAACUUCACUUGUCCAUUUUAAAGUGCAUUAGAAGUAGAUUCACAACUUAAUUGACUACCUGAAACUUUAAGUGGUGAACGAUAGUUUGCUACUUAAGAAAAAAAAAUUAAUGCAAAGCAUAAUGAGGGGCUUGCCAUUUGCCCCCCUAACACAUAUGCUAUAAGUUAAUCAUAAUGAACCAUUCUGGAUUUAGGACCUACCAUUCUUCCUUAGACACAUUUAGUUUAGCAGCGGAAUUUUCUAUUUUUUUUUUUUUUGGUUUUUGUUAAUGACAGUGUUUGGGGUUCAUUAGGUGAAGAUUCUGCAGGGUAGGAUCUUGCACCUUUAAAAGACUCAAUAAUUAAAUACUGACUUAGCCUGCAAACCACUGAGGGCAUGCAGUAAUGUUGUGAUUCACAUUUAUUAACAUGUAUUGAUCUUUACAUGAUUUACAAAAGGUAGAAAAUAUAGAAAUAAUCAGGUACGUACGGAGCACUGCUGUGCUCAUCACACUGAUCAGGUUUGGACUGAGCUUUUAGUCUCACUUAGAAGUCCUGGUAUUUGGUUUCCAACUUGAAAUUAAUGGGACAGUUGACAUUCACUGUUAGUACUAGUAACAUACUGUGAUUUUUUAAUUAGACAGUAAUACAGAUUUAUUAUUCUAGGAAUGGAAAUAACUAUGUUUUGACACCAUAGUGCCCUUUCUAUGAAUUUUUAUUUUACUUAAUCUUCUUCUUGGCCUUAUAUUUAAAUCCCUAUG